GCAGCACCAGAAAUACGCGUACCUCGGCUUGAUAUGUAGAUUACAGAAUUUGAAAGCUUUCAUGGUGAUCCAAGAUUAACAGAUGUUUAUUAAACCUAUAACCAAAUGAUGAAUUAUUUAAAUAAUUCGAUAGGUGGUGCAGUGACUGGUGAUUCUGGUUUACAAUUGAACAAUGUAGAAAUAUUAUAUACUAAAGUGCAACGAGUUUAUAUGAAGCCACAAAAUAAAGAAGAACGUCAACGUGAGCUGAGGGUUAAUGUGGAAAGCCAUGCUGGUAUUAGUCCUGUAUGUCGCAAGAGUUUAUGUGUUUUGUUAGCAGAUGACGAUGAUCCUUGUUUCCUUUAUUCCUUAUUCAUCACAGAAGAUGAUUUCAAAAUUUUGAAAUCUCAACAAGGAUUAUUAGUAGAUUUUGAUAACUUUGCGACUCAACUAAUAUAUUUAUUAGAGCAAUGUCAAAUACCUGCUACGAAUCUAUCAAAAGCACCACCAAAGUUUUUGUUGUUAUUAGCAGAAGAAGGUGGAGAAUGGAUGUUAAAAUUAGUUGAAACAAAUAAUUUUAAACAUUUAUGUCAUUUGAGCCUCAAUAUAUCACCCGCAAGUGAUUCAGAUUUGAAAACGCACAUGGCCAUGAAAAUUAAACAGUUGAAAGAAAAUAUUUUACAACAAAAUAGAGAUGCACUUGCACUUGAAACAAGAUUGAAUGACUUAUUAAAUAAAGUAGAAACAAAAACUAGGGAGUUGGACCAAUUGGAACAAAAGUAUAUAACAGAAAAAAGUCAAAUGCAAAUACUUUCAUCAGAACAAAUAGGCCUUGAAAAAGAUAAGUUUGCCAAAGCACAGUUGGAGUGGCAGUGUCAAAGUGAAAAACAAAAAAUAGAAAUAGAACGUAGGCAUACAGAAAUGAUAAAACAACUUCAUACUGAACUGGCAGAAUUACGUACACAAAAUUCAACGUAUAAAGAUAAGUUAUCUCUUCUUGAAGCAACUAAUGUGGAACAACUUAAACAGCUGCAAAAUCUUGAAAAAGACCUUAAUAUUACUCAGAGAGAUUUGAAUCUACUGAAAAAACAAAAUUCUAAAUUAGAUACAGAUUAUCAUGACAGAGAUAAAUCGGUAAAUAGUUUGAGAACAAAAGUUGCUGUACUUGAACAAGAAUUAAAAGAUAAAGGUAUACUUAUUACCAAACAUACCGAAAUGUUAAAAACUGCCAAAGAACAAAAACAGCACCUUGAAGAUCUUCUAACUGAAAAAGAAGGUCAGUUACAACGCAAACAAAAUUCUUUACGAAAUUUAAGUGAUGAUUUGGUUAAAGCUAAUGAAAUAUUAACAAAAUUACAAAACGAACUUGCUUCAACAAAAUCUAAAUUAAAAUUAAGAACCAGUAUAGCACUUGAACAAGAAAGGUUAUUAGAUACUAAACAAAAAGAAGUUGGUCAAUUAGAAAACAAAAUGGAAAAUUUAGUGAAAGAAACAAAAGAUGCAAAAACAGAGAUUGAAAAUUUGAAAGAACAGCUCAAAACUCAACAGAAUCAGUUAGAGGAGAAAGAAAAAAUAAUAAAGAAUAAUGAUAAUGUAAUAAGUUGGUUAAAUCGACGAUUAGCAGAUAGCCAAUCUCCACUACAAAAUGCUACUGUAGCAGCACCAAUUACAGUACCAUCUUCAACUCAUUUAACAUUACCUCGAACGAAUAAAUUAAUUAGUAAUAAAUAUGAAACACGUACAUCUGCACCCAAUAUAGUACAAUCGAAUGCAUUAUCUGGAUUACCACUGAGAAAUCCCAUUGUACAAAAUCCAAAUAUUAAUCAAACCACACGUAUGACAGCACGAUCAAUGGGUGUUGGUAUUACUGAUAAUACAAUGGGCAUAUCAACGUUUAAUAAAAGUGGUCAAAUUUCGAGUACAAGUACACCUAUGGAACGUAUCAAUUCUUUGAACAAGUUAUCUGGAAAUGUCGCAGGUUCGUCUUUGGUACCAGUCGCUGUAGAAAAUAAUAAUUCAUCUGUACCACCAAAUGGUACAAAGAUAAAAAGUACAAGUGUCACACUACAGAGUGGACUAAGAAGGGCAGGUUUAUCUGAUAAGCCAAUUUUACCAUCUGCAUAUUUUCCUAAAACAUUACAUUGACUAAAUAUACAACAAAGACUAUCCAGUAAUAUACAUCAAAGUUGUGAUGCCAUAUAAAAACAUAUCAGAAUAUAUUAUGUAUAGGAUAAAUGGUUAUUGUUUCAAGUUUAAUGUUGGAAAACAGUACAAAAUAGUUAUGCAAAGCAAAUGAUGUUAAAACAUAUUUUGAAUUUUAUAUCUAAAGAUAUUGUUUUUAUAAAUUUAUAUGCAUGUAUUAUGAGGAAAUGAUAGACAUACUCAUUUCUUAUUAUUUUUCAUGUCUAAGUGAUUUAAUUCGGUGUUUAUUGCUAAAAGAUAAUAAUGUAAUAAAAAUCAUAAAAAUCUAUAUUUUUGCAAGUACAUAAUUUGCUUCUAUAUUCGCUAAAAAAAAAAGGUAAAUGUUGGGAAGCAUAAUCAUCUCAGAUAUGAUAACAAAUAAUAUAGAAUAUUAAUUACUAAUCAUUACAUGCACAUAAUAUUUUUUAAUAACACUGUGUCAAUUCAUCACUGUUUUUAUAUAGCUACUUUAUCGUGGAUUUCAAAUUUUAAAUCAACAAAAUGCUAUAUAAGAAUUCAAUUAAUAUUUUGUCUCAAAAUUAAAUACCGUUUGUUAUUAUAGUUCAUAAAAUCAUAAUCUUAUUCUUUAAAUAGGUACCUGGGAAAGCUUUUAUCGUACAGAUUAAAGUGUGUAUAUAUCGUAGUUGUUAUAAAUUUUUUAAGCUAUGUUAAUCUCUAGUAAACUGAAUAAAUGUAUUGAAUAAUUAGAAUGUCUUAUGAUAAAAUUAGAUUAGCAGGAUUUGUUAUAAAUUUACAUUUAGUAAAAUUCAUGUAAUAUUGUCUUAAAAUAAAUGUAUAUUUUUUAUAACUUUGUAAUAAUAAAAGCGAUUUGUACGUAUUUUGUAUCAGGUA